GCAAUAAACACGAAUCAGCUGAUAACAAAAAAAAACAAAACAAAACAUAAAUGUCAAUUUUAUGUUGCGAAACAAAACCUCGGUCGGUGCGCGCUAAAACUUGAUUUGAUGUUAAUUUUGUGAGCUGUUUGGUGUUAAUAAAAAGCAAUUAAAUAAGGAAUAAAUUGUGUUCUUCAGGAUUUUUGAGAAGUUUUAGAAGAUGUCGAAAAGAUUCUCAAAUGUGAUUCACAACAAAUUCACGAAUAAAAGAGCAAAACUCGAUCUAAAGAUCACAUCCAAUGUCAAGUUCAACACGGGCAGUGAAUCUCAAAGCAAUUCAUCUGUGCAGAUCCCAGAUUCCCCUCCUAAGGCUCAACCCGAUAGUACAAGUACAAACAAAACAGAUCUCUGGGAUGAUGAUCCUGAUGACUUUAUCCUGCUGGCAUCUCAGUAUGCUGAGCAAGUUGAGAAGAUCGUCCAACCAACAAAUGUAAUUGAUCUAACCGACAUCACAUUCGAUCGCUUCAGCCGGGAGGUUAAUGCAAGUACACAGGUGGGAAAGAAUAAUCCAGCAGUUCCUGAUUUAUUUGGUGGAGAUGAUGAUUUCUUCAAGGAUCUCCCAGAAGACGUUGACCGAGAUGCCCCAGGUCCGUCCAGAGCAAACAAUGACAAAGUUCCUCAGAAGAAUGCAGAAAAUCCUCCUAAAACUCCCAAAUUGCGCACCAGUUCUGGCCCUUGUGGCACAGAGAACAAUCCCAACACUCAAGUGGAUUACCUCAUGAAUGAAAUAAAGAUUCUCCGGAAGGAAAAUGAAAAGUUGAAGAUGGAAAAUUCAAAAACCUUCGAAAAGUAUCAGCAGAAAGAUGGAGAGAUAACAAUACUACGGAAUGAACUUGAGCAGGCACAGAAGAUUAAUCGUGCUGGUAGUGCACCGUCGGGAUCCAAUGCGGAGGCAGAGAAAAUAAAGAAAACCCUAAUGAGAAGGGUGGAGGAUCAAAAUAAAAUCAUUGCAGCCCUUGAAAAUGAGUCAGCACUGAAGAAUGCCUUUGAGAGGCCAAUGAAGCACACCUUUGGUACCCCUGUGGAUGAAUUGUUUGCUGUGAAUCUUCCUAAACUCACCAUGUUGGAGCAGGAGUAUCCUACGUGUAUGGCAAUGGAUAUGUUUCGCUACAACACACGACAGCGUGCCAUUGAUCAUGACAAGAGACUCACAAAGUACACGAUUGAAUUCCAAAAUUCCCUCUCAGUGGUCUUGGGAUCCCACAGAGAUGCUCCGGGGUGCACUGAGGUGUACAGACAGCUUCAGAGUUUAGCCCUGAAAGGCAUCUGCCAGAUCCAGAAGUAUUCAUUGCGGCUUGAAUUUACAGAUUACACCGAUUCCAAGUACAAUCCAACCAUUGAGUAUCAGCAUCUCUGUGAUUUUUCGAAAAUAGAUUCUCAGCUUGAGAGGGAGAUUAAUCUAUUUCAAGUUGAAAAACUCUUUCCGUCUGAGGUUUGUUUAGUUGGGAGACGCUUCCUGGCCAUUGUUGCAUCUGCCUGUACGAAACUUCCAUUGAUUGAUUAUCUCCUUGAAGAAAUUCCCGUGCCCAAUGACGAUGAGAAUUUCUUCAUUGAUGAAAAGCUGAGCUUCCUGAAAGUUUUAAUGAAGAUCGUCUAUGAUAUGGGUUAUGCCACAAAUAUCAUAAAUCACGUUAUGCUAAUUCAUGCAUCAACGGUUCUCUUUGAUUCAUUGGUGGAUCAAAUUGAGGAGAAUCAGGAUCAUCUUGCUUUUGCAAGUGAAUUCUUCAAGAUAAUCGUCUUCACGCGUCCCAGUAUGAAUGGUCUUCUUAUCUUGAUGCGAAUACUCCUGAAGAUUCUGUCAAAAGGCAUUGCAUCGAAAUUCCUUGAAUUGCUCUGUCACUCAAGCCCACGGGAUACGUACAAUGUUCACGAUGGCUACAAAAUUCAACAAUUCACCGAAGAUUCGUGCGUGCUGCAGGUUUUCUGCUCCCUCUUGGAAGCAACAUGCCUGGAAGUUAAGCAGAGUGAAGUACAAAAUCAAUGGUAUAUGGACUCUAUGAUGGAAUUAACGCUGAACACAGUGAAUUUCUUCUCCAUUUGCUUUGGGCAACAUACGCAGUGGAUGAAGGACUUUCCAGCACGGAGUCAGUGCAAUUGCUACAACAAAAUAGGAUCGUGCGUUGUGGUGCUCAUGCAUUUUUGCCUCAAUCACUGGAUGAUGAGGGAUAAAGUAAAGUGCAAGAGAACAUCAGCAAUUGCCCAACAAGGUGUUAUGCUACUCAAUAACAUCUUCAGCGACAGCAGCAACAGGAAUGUGCUGAAAUACGGAGGGUAUCACGUGAAGAAUCGCCUCCAGAAAAUCUACAACAUCACCAAGUACAACUAUAAAUACUUUGACUUUGGUCCCAGUCACAAAUUCGCCACGGAAACUCUCGAUAUGAAUUUGAUUGUUUUCGAUCCUCUCUGUGGAUCUGAUAGUGAGAACACCCCAAUUGAUCCACAUGAUGAUUAUUUGGACGGAGUGACUAAAAACUUUUUCUAAAUUAAAUAUAAGAGUUAAAAA